UUCGCUACAAAUCUAUUAAUUCUUCCCCUAUGCCAGGAGAGAGACUGUGGGUUUUUUUUUGGUUGGGCUUUUCUCUAGCAGCUGGAGGUCUGGUGGGCAUUCAUACAAAUGGCUGUUGAUUAAGGCAUCUGUUUCACUGUCUAAUUGCAUUUUUACUUUAGUAACUUAGACAAGCAGAAAGCAUUGCAUUACCUACAAUGAGUUACUUCCUGUCCUACUGCAAAGCGCACUGCACCACCGUGCUCUCCCAUUACCAGACCCUGAGAUCAGAAGGCUUUCUAUGUGAUAUUUUGCUGAAAGUGAAGGAAAAUGAGUUUCCUGCACACAAGUCUUUGUUGGCAUGCUCCAGUGACUAUUUCCGAGCCAUGUUCAAAAGUUACACGCAGGAGUCUAAAGCCAGUGUGAUUCAGCUGCAGGUUGUCUCACCCACUGGUCUCCAGCAUGUCCUGGAUUUCAUUUACACUUCCUUGCUGCCUCUUUCCUUUGAAAGCCUGGAGGAGACCUUGGAAGCUGCGAGCUACUUGCAAGUGACUGAUGCCAUUGGCUUGUGCAAUCAGUACUUGGUUAACAACCUCUCCUUGGAGAACUGCUGCUUCUCUGCCAAUGUUGCCAUGAGGUUCUACCUGCCAGCCGCCCUAGCUGCAGCAGAAAAAUACAUUGUCAACAACCUCUGGAAGCUGCUGGACUUGGAUUUGGCAGGAUUGCUUGAGCUGAAUUUCAGGACUUUGCUAGCGGUGGUAGAAUCACCAGAUCUCCCUAUGGUGAAGGAAACUAGGCUGUUGGAUCUUCUGCUGCUGUGGCUGAAGCAGGAUAAAUCCAGGUUGAUUCAUGGAAGCAGCCUUUUGGAACACAUAAGAUACGGUCUCAUCCCAGUGGAAGACCUGAGGAGAAUUUACACACAGUCAGAAGUGCCCCUCACUGCAAGUAUCAAAUGCUUGAUUAUUAAAGCAAUAAACUACCAUACAUCGGUUUUCAGACAGCCAAUCCUGCAGGAUAAGUCCACCACACUGAGGAACCAGAAAACUCGGAUCAUCCUUCUAGGGGGAGGGACAGUAAGUGAGGGUCUCAUCACUGAAGUGGUGGCUUUUGAUGUUUACAACCAUAAAUGGAAAGCUCUCACACAGGUGUGUGAUGGGGUGCAGAACCACAGUGUGUGCGUGGUGGGGAACUUCCUCUACGUUUUGGGGGGAGAAGUAGAAGCUGGCACUCCAAGUGACUCGAACAGUGACAAGAUCUUAUCGGUUACAAACAAGGUCCAUCGCUAUGAUCCAAGAUUUAACACAUGGACCCAAAUCACAGGCAUGUUGGAAAAGAGAUGCCAAUUUUCUUGUUGUGUCUUAAGCAACAGUAUUUUUGCCAUUGGGGGACGGGGUGAGAAUGGGUGUCUGCAUUCAUCUGUGGAAGUCUACAACAUCAGUAGAGACAGAUGGACGAAGGCCAGGGAAUUGCCAUGCAAGAUACAUGGUCAUGCCAGUGCCACUUGCAAGAAUACUAUAUACAUCUCAGGUGGCAAAUAUGCAGAACCAGCCAGCACAAGCAAGGACUUAUAUUCUCUGAGCUCGCUUGAAGGGCAAUGGAUGAAACAAGCCCCCAUGAGCAUUGCUCGGUUUGGGCAUCAAAUGGCGACAAUCAGAGAAGCCAUAUUCACAUUUUUAGGUUUAUAUGAACCAUUCUCUGAAAUAGAAAGAUAUGACCCUGAUCAAAACCAAUGGACUCGUUUGAGGCCGCUGAUCUAUGACCGAUUUUGCUAUGGUCUGGUGGUAGUCGAGGAAACAGCUCUUCUCAUUGGGGGAAAGAAAUGGCAAGACUCGAGGGAAGUCCCCACACAGGACGUGGUUGGCUAUGACAUUGACAACGAUAGCUGGGAGGAGAUUUGCAAAGCCCCCCUGCCCUGGUGUGGGCUGCAGUGUGCAGUGCUGCAGCUGUCAGAGAUGGACGAGGAACAGGGCAGUGACACCCUGAAAAAGAAGCUGCCGAAUUGCUGAGCCAAGGCAUCGUGGAAUGACAGCCCUAGGAGAUGAGCAGUGGGGCAACUCUGGAGAAGAAGAAAAUUGUGAUGGCACUGGAUGUAACAGAGUUGAGGUUCUACGGUGAUAAGCAAGAUACUGGGUGGAAACAGGCAAGGAAGACUGGCUGCAACCCGGGAAAAGGUGCAGCAAUUUGUAGAUCUGAAAGUCAACCUCACUGGGGAAAGAUGUAGCAAGUAGGAUAUGUGGAGGAGAGGAGCUAGAAUCAUAAUCCUUGACUUUUUUUGAAGAGUAAUACCUAGAUAGCAAUUAAGAGUUGUUGUAAGUCAGAAUUUUUCUAAGGUUAAAAAAUAUAAUCCAUCUUUUCUGUUUUCUUAAUCAGAGGUAAUUUUCCCAGUUGGUAAGUGCUAUCAAAUUGCUAUGGUAUGGCUAAGCAAAGUGAAAGUGAGAUGUAUAAAGAUGAGAAAAUUGAUGGCUGUAAGAAUGAAUAACAAGUAGUGCCAAGGAAAGGUAUUAUUUUAAUAUGCUACAUACUAGGCAGGAGUGCCUUAGCUAAACAGCAUGAAAUUACUGGACAUAAAGCAUGGAUUUUAUAAAAUGUAGCCUCAAUUGUGGCCAUGUGCUAAAACAGUGCUUGUUUCAUA